AUGCUCAAAUUCGCGGAUCUGGUGGAACAGAACGCUGAUAAACUCGCUCGUCUAGAGUCGCUACCCACGGGACGACCCAUCUCCGUGAUUAAGCAUUUCGACAUCCCCUACAUGGCCUCGAAAAGCUUCACGGAAGAAAACGGAACAUACAAGAUCGUCCGCUACGAACCCGUGGGUGUCUGCGCAGGUAUCGCCUCCUGGAAUGCCGCUUUCGUCUACGUUGGGUGGAAAAUCGCCCCCGCCCUCGCAGCAGGUUGCUCAUUCAUCUUCAAAACAUCGGAAAAAUCACCACUGGGCGUGCUCGGCCUAGCACCUCUAUAUGCCGAAGCCGGCUUCCCCCUUGGUGUCGUGCAAUUCGUGAGAGGUGCUCGAGAUACCGGCGCCGCAUUAGCCUCACACAUGAACAUCGCGAAGAUCAGCUUUACUGGUUCCAUCACGGCCCGACGUGCCGUACAAGCAGCAGCUGCCAAAUCCGACUUGAAGCGGGUGACCCUCGAACUGGGCGGAAAAUUGCCGGCUAUCGUCUUCAAUGACGCUCCCCUUGAAGCUGCAGUCGGUGGUGUCGGGCAAGGCUUUCUACUCAACUCGGGCCAGGUCUGUGUCGCCGCAUCUCGCGUUCUAGUCCAAGAAGACAUCGCGCCCAGGUUCCAAGAAGCCGUGAAUGCAGCCUUUGAAUCUGUCUCUGCCGGAACGGGCGCGAAUCCCUUGGAGCCAACAACCACGCAUGGACCCGUCGUGGACAAGGCGCAGUAUGACCGUGUCAUGGGAUAUACACUGACAUUGGCAAGGACACGGCGACAUUGCUCACGGUGA